AAUUAUAUAUGUUUGCUUACUUAAUUGUCUUCAUUGAUGUUAAUUGUCUCUUUGAACUUUUAUAAAUAGUGUGGUCACAUUUAUACUCGUGAAAAUAUUUGUUUACCUAUAUUCCCUAAUUAAUGUUAAUGGUCCAUAACUAAAUUUGUGGUUAUGACUUUAUAAGGAUGGUUUUUGAAAAUUAAUUUAUCAUUAAGACUGAGAUAGACAUCCUGUCAUCCCGAUGAUUACCAUAAAAAAAUUAACUGCUUGAGCUUCUUUAUCAUACUUGACCACAAUAUGCAGUCUCGAGGUCUACAAUGAAGCGAAGAUUGAAAGAAUUGAAGCUGUUGUGGCCAUCAAGCAAAAAAGGAAAGCAACAUCUUGAUGAUGCAAAGAAGAGGAAACAUAAUAGUAAAGCACCAUUUGGUAGUGAUUCCACACAGCAGAAUUUGGUGAUUCCUACUAAUUCAACAGCUCAAGCGAAAAUUGUUGGGGGCCGUAUAAUAGGAGCAAACCAGCUUACGUUGCCAAAUCAUGUAUCAUCCAACUCUGAUGUUGUUGGCAACUUGGCCCCGGACACAAUAGUGGAAAACGUUAGAGGGAACUUAAUGGAUACUCAAGGCAAUAUGGAUUGUCAGCAUGGCGAAGAGCAUUAUCUGGAUGGUGCAAAUGACCAAGGGCAUUUGGAGGGCGCUCUUCAUUCAACUGAAUGUAAUCGCGCUGCGACACUAGAAGAAACUUUCGAUCCAAUGGUAAUUGAAAGCCAUAUGGAUACCCAUCAACAAGCUCAAGGGCAUUUGGAGGGUGCUCUUCAUUCAACUGAAAGUAAUCGCGCUGCAACACUAGAAGAAACUUUCGACCCAAUGGUAAUUGGAAGCCAUAUGGAUAUCCAGCAACAAGUCCAAGGGCAUCUAGAAGGCGCUCUUCAUACAACUGAAAGUUCAGGCACUAUUGUUGUAAAAGCCACUUACAAGGAGCAUUCAGUGAGAAUUGUAUUCUCUUUGACUUUACCGAUUAAUCAACUAAUUGAAGAAACAGGCAUGAAGUUCCAACUUGCUUUGAACAAAUAUAGAUUGUUUUAUCAAGAUGAAGAUAAAGCGUGGAUGAUGCUGACUAGUGUGGAAGAUUUGAAGUAUGCUUCGAAUGUUGCUGAAUCAUUGGGAACCAAGUUUGUUAGAUUGUCUGUUAUUGACUAUGUUGUUUAAUACUGUAAAACUAUUGCUUAUAGUUGACAUAUUUUGACUCAUGUAAUUAAAUGUUGUUACUCCGUGUUACUUUUUCCCUUCUUAAAAGUAGGAAUAGUAAUGUGAGGAUUAAUAAGAGAGAAGUAAAAGGAGGGAAGAAAAUAAGAUUUCCAUUAUUUUCUAAAGGAAAAUAUUUUCCACCGUAUGUAUUUAGAGAGUGAUGAAAUGGGAGAUAUCAUAAAAGUAUAAAUCUUAUGAAUAUAGAGAGAUAAAAUAAAUAUUACGAAGUACAAGCUUAGAGAAUCAGAGUGUAGAGGAAAAUGAGUCUUGUUAUUCUCACACAAAGAUGUUAAUUAUGGGUCAGGUCAUUUCUGGUUGUUUUGUGUUUUGAGUCUGUAGGGUUAAGAUCGGGUUGCGUCACUUUGGGUUUCGGGUCGCUUUGGGUAUCGAGUUAAUUUGGGUAUAAGAUCAAUUUCGGGUUAACAUUUUUGGGUUAAUUUCGGGUCAUGGAUCGGGUUAGGAUUGCCGGGUCAAUGUCGGGUGAAUGGGUAAUUAUUUAGUGAGGUCCAAGUUUUUUUUAUUUUUUUUUUAUUUUUCAAGGUUCAGGUUCAAUAUACAACUAGUUUUUAUUUCAUUAUUUUUUUUUUUUAAGAAAAUAAGGUUCAGGUUCAAUAUACUUCGUACAACUUAGUGAACUAGGGUUGAUUGUGGGGUCCAGAAUAGCUGUGCUGCAUUAUUAAUCUGAUAAUCUCUAUGGGUUGUUCAUCAAUCCCUAUCCACCUCACUUUUUUUUUUUUUUUUUUUUUUUUUUGGGGGGGGGGCGGUGGGAAGAAAUAGGAGAAUAAUGUAGGUUCAGGCUCAAAGUUUUUAUAAAUUGGUAGCUGCUUCUCAAUUCUCAUAUACUAGUACAGUACGUAUUCAAUAUUUCAUUCAAAUCCUGAAAGUUAGAGUAUCCCUGCUAUACAAAGUGACUCUGCAACUAUGGAAAGUGAACAAGGAAAUUAUGAGCAUGAGCAGAACCAAACCCUUCAAAAUGACAUCAAGGGUUACAAAAGAAAAGAAAUUUCACUAGAGACGCUUCAAUCAUUUUGGUCCAAAAAUAUGACAUUCCAAGAAGCUGCAGAACAAGUUGGAGUCUCGAGGUGUACAAUGAAGCGAAGAUUGACAGAAUUGAAGCUGGUGUGGCCAUCAAGCAAAAAAAGGAAGCAACAUCUUGAUGAUGAUGCAAAGAAGAGGAAACACGAUAGUAAAGCACCAUUUGGAAGUGAUUCCACAACACAUCAGAAUUUGGUGAAUCCUUCUAAUUCAACUGCUCACGCGGAUAUUGUGGGGAAGGGUAUAACUGGAUGCGACCGGCAUAUGUUGCCAAAUCAUGUAUCAUCCAACUCCAACGCUGUUGGCAACUUGACCAUGGACACAAGAGUGGAAAACGUUAGGGAGAACUUAAUGGAUAAUCAACGUUCUGAAGAGCAUUAGAAUGGAUGAUGCUGACUAGUGGAAGA